AUGGAGGAUGUCAGGGCUGAGGAUGCUAGCAUGGAGGAUAUCAGGACUGAGGAUGCUAGUAUACGAGUAGCUGAGGAUGCUAGCAUGGCUGAGGAUGCUAGCAUGGCUGAGGAUGCUAGCAUGGCAGAUGUCCCCAUGCAGAAAAAGAGAAAACUAAAUGAUGCAGAUGUCCCCAUGCAGGAUGACCCCUCUUCAAUGACGUAUCGUCAGCUCCAGAAGGCAUGCAAAGAAAGAGGUUUGAAAGCCAAUGGGAAAAAGGAGGAGUUGCAAAAGCGUCUGGAGGAAUAUUUGAAAGAUCCAGCAGCACAUGAAGCUGCCAAAGCAGCUGAAGAAGCAAAAAAGAAGGCAAUGAAAGACAAACAUAUUGAUUGGCGUCAUCACCCUGCCAAGGAAAUUCUGGACGAAGAUUUAGAACAAGAUGGAUGGCUUUAUGGCCAGGACAACCUUGAUGCAAAGCUUGUUUAUGAUGUGUACUUACGAUCCGAACACGCAGAAUUCUUUAUUGAUGUCCCUUUUGAUCAAUUUGAAACCAAUUUUAAAAAGAAGGUGGACAGAGCAGCCCAAAGGAGAGCUAGGUCAGCUCAAGAAGAAGAAUGGAUGAAACAUGAUCGAAAGCUCUAUCCACGCAAGACUCACAAUGCGAGAGGGGAGCCUGUUUUCGACAUGGAUAUUGAAGCUAAGGAGACACUUCGUUAUGAUGUGAAAUACAAGCUGAAUGAACGAAUGCUGCCACAGGAGCUCCACCAAUAUAGAGAGGUCUAUGGGAAGUACAAAUUAGAUAUCUUUCGUCAACGAAUCUACCAGGAGGCUCGACGGAACAAGUUUUUAAAUUGGCUAGAACAAAAGAGAAUUGAAAAGAGGGUAGCUUAUAGGAAAGCGGCUGCUGCUAAGGCUGCAAAGAAAGCUGAGGCUGAAGCUAAGGUGCAAAGAAAGCUAAGGCUGAAGAGGAAGUUAGCUUAUAAGAAGCUAAGGCUGGACAGGAACCAUGCUCAACUUGGACAGGAAAUUAUAGUAUUGAAGCUACCGUGCUCAACUUGGGCAUGGCACGUUGAUGUAGCAGUACAUCAACUUGUGCUGCUACGUCAACUUGGGCAUGGCACACAACUUGGGCAUGGCACAUGGCACGCGGCUGCUACUACGUACACGUAA